AUGCAUCCAAAGGACAGUCUCUUGAAGAACUUUGAUGUUUCUUUGGAAACUGCAACCCUUGCUCGCCAGCUGCUAAGGACAGCACAACGGAAGACAGGGCCAGGAUCAGGACGUGAGUUGAGGGAGCUGUCGACCGGGUUGUCAGCUGCUUGCAUAUUGGUCGCAUGCGAACGACUCAAUACCACUGAGUAUUCGAAGAAAUCUGCCCAGGUCGCGUCCUGUCUGAAACCAACAGACUUCAAAAAGGUGUACGACGCCGUCAAGGCUGUAGUCGAAGAGGAAGACAAAACCUCUGCAGUCAGCUACGAGAACCUGCAUCAGAUCUACAAAUCCAUGCUGUAUCGAGAGAAGCUCGCCCCCUUUAUUCUGAAGGCGGAGAAGAAACUGGUCAAGAUUGGCACGCUUCACGCCCCAGAGAGCAGAAUUUUCGUUUCCGCGGUGUACUUCUGGGUAUUGAGUGCUGCUCGACCGGACGACGUCCCUGACACGCAAGUCUUCGCAGGUCAUCAUGAGCUACCAAUUCGGAAGUUUACCAGUGUCCUCAAUCUGCUGAACGAUCGGUGCAUGCCGCUCAGAACAGAAAUUGAGAAAGCGUUCAAGCAAAGUCAGAAGUCGCCAGCGAAACCGUCCAAUGCUCCUACCCCAAGACAGUCGCCCCGCAAGGCACCACUCCGAGAGCUGCCUUCCAAAGAUAGUCCCAAGAAAUCACAGAGGAAGGAAGCGGCGACAGAUGUGCCUGACCGAUUCUCGCCUACGAGGCGUUCACUUCGGAACUCCUCCGUACCUGAAACUCCAACCAAAACGCCAAUCAAAUCAGCGUUUCCUCAACCCUCCACCCCAACACGGGAACCACCGCCUUGGAAGAAGGCUCCAAUUCGCGUGCUGCCUUCCAAAGACAGUCCCAAGAACCGGGCUAUGGCUCAGUCGCCUGUCGAAGACAAUAGCAUGGAUGUCGACGAAGACCUUCCACAGACACCUAUGAAGAAGAGACAGAACACAUCUCCCUCAAAGACGGGGACGCCAGCCUCGACCACGGCUUUCGAAGCCGCUCUCUCGACACCAACGUCUGCCCGGAUUUUCGAAGAAGGAUCUCCUAGCAAACGCAAGGCUUCUGCGGCUCUCUUCGAACCAAUUCCUGGCCGCUCAAGCCCGUUGAAGCGACAGCUGGCGACGACACUGGAUGGACUGUCAUCCUCCGAAAGCGACGACGACGAUCUGUAUCCUCGACGACGAUUCCGGCCUGUUUAUCUGGAGCACCGACAGUGGAAUGCCAAAGACCCGCGAAUCUUGCGGCUGUGGAAGAAGGUCCAGGAGCUGAGAGAUGGACCUGUCCGUCAGCUAAUCCAUAGGACGAAACGUCGCAAGGUUUCUGCAGAGGAAGAGGUUUGA